GCCGCACGCCCGCCGCGCGACGGCGCCCGCCAGCUACCUCCCCCACGCCGCGGGUGAGUGCGACGCCCCGUGGCUCGCCGCGGAGAAGGCCGCGCCCCCGCCGGGCGACGGGGGCCGCGCAGACGCCGUCGCCCGGCUGGCGGCGGAGAACCAGCGGCAUCUCGAGGAGAUCCGGAGGCUGCAGGACGAGAACGCGCGUCUGGCGCAGCGGAUGGCCGUCAUGGGCGCCGCCACGGCAGAGCACGCAGAGGAGGCCGCGCUGCCAGCCGUGGCGUCGGCCGCUGCACCCCGCAGCGCGCCGCCGCCGGCCGCGCUCUCUCCGGAUGGCCGCCGCUCGGCCGCCCAGGCGCGUUCUCCGACCGGCGCUGGGUGCGCAGAGCCCCGCGCCGCGGAGGCCUCGCCGCCCAGCGCCACCUCCCCGACUCGCCGCGGCGCGAGCGAGCGGACGCCCUCGCUGAGCAGCAUCGGGCGCGACCGCCCUCGUGCCCAGGAGGCCGCGCCGCUGGCCGCGCCUCUCCCAGAGGGCCACGGCGCGAGCGUGCGGGCGCCCUCGCUGAGCAGCAUCGGGCGCCGGCGCCCCCGCGCCCACGCCGAGGCCGCGCCGCCAGCUGUGCCUUCCCCGGGGGCCCACGGCGCGAGCGCGCGGACGCCCUCGCUGAGCAGCAUCGGGCGCGCGCGGCCUCGUGCCGAGGAGGCCACGCCGCCCUCCGCGCCUUCGCCGCGGGCUCUUGGCGCGGGCGUGCGGGCGCCGUCGGUGGGCAGCAUCGGGCGCAGGCGGCCUCGCGCCGAGGAGGCCGUGCCGCCAGCCGCCCCCACCCCGAGGGGCUUUGGCGCGAGCGUGCGGACGCCGUCGGUGAGCAGCCUCGGGCGCGCGCGGCCUCGUGCGGACGGGGUCUCGCCGCUGGCCGUGACUUCCCCGGCGGGUUUCGGCGCGAGCGCGCGGACGCCCUCGCUGAGCAGCAUCGGCGCCGGGCCUCGUGCCGAGGAGGCCGUGCCGCCCUCCGCGCCUUCUCCGAGGGGCUUCGGCGCGACCGCGCGGACGCCGUCGGUGAGCAGCCUCAGGCGCUCGCCCCGCGCCGAGGAGGCCGCUCCGCCCGUGCUGCCUUCCCCGAGGGGCGGAGGCGCGGUGCUGUUCUCCUGGAGCAGCCGCGCGCGCCCCCGCGCCGCCGAGGCCGCGCUGCCAGCCGUGGCGUCGGCCGCUGCACCCCGCAGCGCGCCGCCGCCGGCCGCGCUCUCUCCGGGUGGCCGCCGCUCGGCCGCCCAGGCGCGUUCCCCGACCGGCGCUGGGUGCGCAGAGCCCCGCGCCGCGGAGGCCGCGCCGCCUGUCGAGGCGCUGGCCGCCGCACCUCCAAGCGCGAUGCUGGCUGCGCUCUCCCCGCUCUCCCUGGGCAGCGCUGGGCGCGCAGAGCUGGAGCUCGAUGCCGAGGAGGCCGCGCCGCGGGCUGCGGCCUCCUUGGGCAGUGGCGGAGCCCAGCACGAUCGGAGGGACGAGGCAGCGGCGCCGCUCGCGCUGUCACCCGCGUCGCCGAGCCCACGGGCCGUGUCCCCAGGCGCCAUGUCGCCGUCUGCUCCGACAGGAUACUCUCGGCCAUUCUGGGCGCCCAGGCGCCCCCGCAGUCGUCCACACUGGCGUCGCCGGGUGUGGCAGAGCGUUCCCUGCCAAGAGAUGCGCCCGAAGCCUGCCAGCCGACCUUGUUUCAGUUCCCCUCUGCCGCACCCUCCCUACUGGAGCCUCCCUCGGCCGCUGCCUCGCGGGUGGGGGCGCCAGCCUCGGCCGCGGUGGACGAGGCGGCGUACUAGCGCUCCCACAGGCUGCACGGCCACGCGACCAGAGGGAGCGAGCAGCCUCCGAUCACGUCGGGAGAGCGCGGAGGAGGCGGUCCGCAUGGUCGACGAGUCGACGUGGAUCGAGGCCCCACGGGCUCUUCGAGUGCGUGUGCGCGAAGCCGCCGUUUCCCCCAGGCCUUCCCGCCUGCACGAGCGCGGCAAGUGGCUGCUCUAUCUACGUGCAGGACGUGCGACGAGAGCAGCCGGGGCCGGCGGAGCGGGUCCUCGUGCGUGCGGCGAGGCCAUCAGCCAUCGGCGGAGCCGGCGUCGGAAUGAGCCGGGGCAACGCCGUGCCGCCGGAGCCAAUGCAACUGUUGUUUGUUUAGCUCGCCGCGCGCUUCGGGCUCGUGUUUCUCGGAGUAUAUCGGCAGUGAUGUUGUCGUGUUUGUGA